CAAGUAGUCCACCACCAGCGAUCACGUCUGAGAUUGGUACACAAAGGCAGACUUCUCCACCAGCGCGUCCAAUGCAGGACCUUUCGAUAAAGGAGCACAAUAUGGAGGAUGAUGAGGCAGGCGAAGAAUCUAACGCUCGUAGAAGAGCGAAACGUAACCCACAGGAUCCUGCCGAGGUACCAAAGGUCAAGGAUGCCACAGGUGAGAAGGUCAUGGAGAGUUUCGAGAAUUUCUUAGAGUCAUACACCGAAAUCGUUGAUUUGGCACCAACACCUGGACCAGAUGGCAUGCAGACUGAGGCUGAGUCAAAGUUUUACAUUGAGCAGAUACACGGUAUGAGAGAAUACAACUUUACAACCUUAUACGUUUCCUUCUCCCAUUUGUUGGAAAGAGAAGACAUUCUUGCACGCGCGAUUACGGACCAAUACUAUCGUUUCUUACCAUUUUUGAAACGCGCAGUACAGAACCUAGUACACAAAUAUGAACCUGGUUAUCUCUAUUCGAACGCAUCAGCUGUCACUGGCACGCAAUCCGCUAGUUCAUACAUCAUUAGAGAAUUCCAAAUAGCUUUCUACGAUUUACCUAUCGUUAGUGGUAUUAGAGAUUUAAGAACUGAUAAAGUUGGUACUUUGAUGUCUAUUGGUGGUACUGUCACCCGUACUUCUGAAGUAAGACCAGAAUUAGUUAGUGGUUGCUUCGCAUGUGAAGAAUGUGGUGUUGUUAUGCACGAAAUAGAACAACAAUUCAAGUUCACAGAGCCUAGCAUGUGUCCAAAUCCAACUUGCAACAACAAAAACGCCUGGAGAUUGAUCAUUGAACAAUCAAAAUUCUCAGAUUGGCAAAAAGUUCGCAUACAAGAAAACGCAAAUGAGAUACCAACAGGUUCCAUGCCUAGAUCUUUAGAUGUCAUCCUUCGAGGUGAAACCGUCGAAAAGGCAAAGGCUGGUGAUAAAUGCGUCUUUACCGGUACAUUCAUCGUUGUACCAGACGUAUCUCAAUUAGGUAUACCCGGCGCAACAACUGAAUUAAUGAGAGAAGCAACCGGUAGAAAUGAAAAUCAGGGUGUAUCAGGUUUGAAAGCCCUCGGUGUUCGUGAUCUUCAAUAUAAGACAGCUUACUUGGCUUGUAUGGUACAAUCAGCUGAUGGAAGAGCCUCAGCAACCAACGUUCGAGCUGAUUAUGAAGAAGAAGAAGACCAAGAUACCUUCCUUAGAAGUUUGACACAACAGGAAAUUGAAGAACUCAGAGCGAUGGUUAACACUGAAAACAUCUAUCACAGAUUAGUUAAGAGUGUCGCACCUACUGUAUUUGGUCAUGAUAUUGUCAAGAAAGGUCUGCUUUUGCAACUCAUGGGUGGUGUACAUAAACGCACUCAUGAAGGUAUUCACUUGAGAGGUGAUAUCAACAUCUGUGUAGUAGGUGAUCCAUCUACAUCCAAAUCUCAAUUCUUAAAAUAUGUUACAAGCUUCCUUCCAAGAGCGGUCUACACAUCUGGUAAAGCCUCAUCAGCUGCUGGUUUGACAGCCGCCGUCGUAAAGGACGAAGAAACAGGCGAAUUCACAAUCGAAGCUGGUGCAUUAAUGUUAGCUGACAACGGUAUUUGCGCAAUUGACGAAUUCGACAAGAUGGACAUCGCAGAUCAAGUUGCAAUUCACGAAGCGAUGGAACAGCAAACGCUCUCUAUCGCAAAAGCAGGUCUUCAAGCAACACUUAACGCCAGAACUUCAAUUCUAGCAGCAGCUAAUCCAAUUGGUGGUCGUUACAAUCGUAAAGCAACACUUAGACAAAAUGUUGCAAUGUCAGCUCCAAUUAUGUCAAGAUUUGAUCUCUUUUUCGUCGUACUUGAUGAAUGUAAUGAGAAUGUCGAUGAUAUGUUGGCAAGACAUAUAGUCAAUAUUCACAGAUUUAGAGAUGAAGCUUUAGAACCUGAAUUCAACACUGAGCAAUUGCAGAGAUUCAUUAGAUAUAGUAGAACAUUCCAACCUAGAAUGACACCAGAAGCUAGCGAUCUUUUAGUCGAAAAAUAUAGGAUAUUGAGACAAGAUGAUGCACAAGGUGUUGGUAGAAACAGCUAUAGAAUCACGGUUAGACAAUUAGAAUCUAUGAUUAGAUUGUCAGAAGCAAUCGCACGUGCAAAUUGCUCUAAUGAGAUUCUUCCUCAAUAUGUCAAAGAGGCCUACUUGUUGUUACGUCAAUCUAUUAUUCACGUUGAGCAAGAUGAUGUUGGAUUAGAUGACGAUGAUGAGCAAUCAGUCGACCCUCUUGCGAUGGACAAUAACACCCAACAUCCAUCCUCAUCAACCGAUCCAAACCUCAAGAUUCCAUCAUCUUCUAUGCAUCCGUCAUCAUCUGCAGAUGGUCAACCGGAUGGUACAGCAUCUGGUCAAACUCCUCAACCAUCAGCUGAGAAGAGCAAGCUUACGAUUACGUAUGACAAAUAUAUGUCACUUAUGUCGCUCGUCGUUCAGCAUUUGUUAACAGUUGAGAAUACAACCGGUGCCGGUGUCACUAAAGAUGAGAUUAUUCAAUCUUACAUUGAGUCCAAAGAGGAAGAAAUUGAUUCAAUUGAGCAGCUUGAAGCCGAGCAAGCAUUGAUGGCCAAGGUCCUCAAGAAGCUUGUAAAGGAUCAAUAUCUCCUUGAAUUACGCGGAAAUGCUGAUCAAGAGGCUCCAGAUAGUCAAGAUCCAUCAUCUUCUGCUGAUGACCAAGUUACAUACCUCGUUCACCCUCAAGUUGAACUUUAAUGACUUUCAAUGUCCUUUCAAUAAGCAAUCAUUAAGUAUUCAAGUAGCCUUUUAAUAAACAUCUCGCGUUUCAAGUCCACCCAACUUAUUCAUGCAUUUUUGUUGUAUAAUCAAUCAUAAAUUUUCCAAGGGUAUACUUUCUAAUUAUUCUACAAAUUUCAAAACUGCUUUACGAGAAUCUUCGUCAACUUUCUUCUUAGAUGAUGAUGUGUAGACAUCUAAUGUUUUCUUUGUCGAUAAUACGUCAACGCUUUGAAGGUGUUCUGGUUGCUCAUUACGUGGAUACUUGAGGAGCUUUUUGCAGCACAUUUUCAAACCUAACCAAGCCCUAGGGAAGCUAUCUUGUAGUUCGACCACACGUAAAUAUGAUUUGUAGGCUUCGUGGAUGUCACCGGAUGUAUAUUGAGUUUCUGCGUAUUUCAGAACAAAGAAUGGAUUUAUUGGCUGCAUGAGUAAACACUCCUCGAUUGCAAAUAGUGCUCUUUGGUAGCUAUACUGUUGUGUGUAGAUAUCAGCGAGUUCCAUCCAAGCUUCAGGAUCUGAGUAGAAUGUAUCCAAAUAUGUCGUCAGUCUGUCCAGGGCUUUCGAUGGAUCUUUCGGGUGCAACAGCUUUGUCAAGACUAUCAUACGUUUCUGUAUCGCAAUAUUUGUUGGAUCUUCCUCCAAUAAAGAAGUAUACAAUCGCUCAGCUAAGCGGAAUUCACCUUUAGAUUCUAAUAGCAUUCCUUCAAGGACAGAUACACGGGGUGAUUGUGGGAAUUUCUCAGCCAAGCGUAGCAGAAGUUCCUCUGCCAAUAAGUGAUCACCAACAUCUAACGCUGAAAUAGCGUAUUGCUCAUAAAAUGCCCAUCUAUCGUCACCGAGAGUACGUUCGUGUCUUGUACCGUAAAUCUGCUUGGAAAGUGUGUAGGUCUCUUGCGAUCUUCUGACGCCUUGCUUACGGAAUUCCUCAAGCUUCUCUGAUGCACUCAUGUCUUAGUGGAUAAUGG